UUUUGGAUUUGGCAUGAAUACCCUUUAACUUUUUGGACCUAAGCCAAAGAGUCCUUUUGUGGUCACAAUUCACAAUUCAGUUUUUGAAACUUGUUGAAGGAAUUUCCAGCAGUUGCAGGCACCGUUCAUUCAUCAAAUCAUGGAUGGACAUGAUUCAGAAGACCCAAAGCAAAGCACUGCUGAUAUGACUGCUUUUGUGCAAAAUCUUCUUCAGCAGAUGCAAACUAGGUUCCAAACAAUGUCCGACUCCAUCAUUUCAAAGAUUGACGAUAUGGGAAGCCGUAUAAAUGAGUUGGAGCAAAGCAUCAAUGACCUAAGAGCAGAGAUGGGAGUGGAGGGCUCUCCAUCACCUGUGGCACCUGCUAAGCCAAAUGAAGAAGAGUCGAACAAAGAAGGUUCCGCUUAAGUAACAUUGUUCAACUGCCCUUUUUUGUUGUCUCGAGAUACAUCAGGGUCUUGUCACUGUACCUUGGGAGUAUAGAAGUUAUUCAUGGUACAGAUAUUAGGCAUGGAACAUAUGAGCGAACUUUCUCAUUUGUAGCUAAAGUUUGUCUUACUGUUGAAACAGUGCUGUUGACUAAUUGAUUCUCUUUUCAAUUUGAAAUGGGUUAGACCCGGCAAUAUUGGUGGAGUAUAAUUUCUGUUAUAUUGAUUGCUUUGUUCCC